GCCAGCUGGAACAGCGAGCAGUGCAGUGGCGACUUCUGGGCCCCACUCCACUAUACAAUCGCGACUACGCUCACCUACCCAUUCCACUCCGCCCCACCACUGGUCAACGAAUCUUUCCUGCACUGUCCUGUCCGCCGCCGCUCAACCUCAUCGGAACUCCACUCCUCCUCACCCCCACAGCAACUCCCACCUCAUGGAGAAAGCUGCGCACGUUGCCGCCGGCGCGACGCAAGAGCAGGAAUCGUCUCCGAACAGUAACAAGAAUCAUGUUCAACCACAGGCUUGACGACGCAGCGAGGCAUCAUGGCUCUGCUGAAGCGAUUCCUGAAAGACUUGCGGUGGUCACAGGAGGAAACAAAGGAGUUGGCCUAGAAGUAUGCCGCCAGCUUGCUCUCAAGGGUGUGACAGUUAUCCUUACAGCAAGGGAUGAGAAACGAGGAAAAGAUGCUGCCGAGACCCUUCGCCGUGAAUGCCAACUCCCAAAUAUCAUAUUCCAUCAGCUCGAUGUCAGAGAUGAUGAUAGUGCCACCACAUUGGCCCGGUAUGUAGAAAGAAGAUAUGGGAAGCUCGACAUCUUGGUGAACAAUGCAGCUAUUUCAGGAAUUGUAGCAGAUGAGGAAGGCCUGAAAGCUCUUAACAUUGAUGCAGAGACAUGGACAUCUGGCAGGGCAGCUAAUCUUCUGAAAGAAGUAUUCCAGAAUACCAAUGAUGAGGCAUUCAACUGUCUGAAUACCAAUUACUAUGGAUGCAAACGGGUAACAGAAGCUCUUCUUCCACUUCUGAAGCUAUCUACAUCAGGAGGAGCAAGGAUUGUCAAUGCCUCCUCACUUGCGUCGGAGCUGAAGAGAAUGCCAAAUGAGAAGCUGCGAAACGAUUUGAGCAACAUUGACAUCUGGGACGAGGACCGGAUAGAAGCAGUGCUCGACACAUUCUUGGAGGACCUGAGGAGCGGGCGGCUGGAAGAGGCUGGGUGGCCCGUGAUGCUACCAGCCUACAGCGUAUCGAAAAUGGUCAUCAAUCUGUACACCAGGAUCAUGGCAAGGAGGUAUCCGGAGAUGCGCAUCAACUGUGUGCGACCUGGCUUUGUCAAGACGGACAUCAACUGGAAUCUGGGGGUCCUGACGCCUGAACAAGGUGCGAGAGGGCCAGUCAUGCUAGCUCUCCUCCCCGAUGAUGGACCAACUGGGUGCUAUUUUGAUCAGACAGAAAUGGUGAACGUCUGGUGAUUGAAUAUUUGUCGUCUGCUAGUUUAUUUUAGAACUAAACCGCUAGAAAUAAAAAAGAGCGGAUGGAGUGUUAUAACUUUCCUGAAUUCAUGAUGACAUAAACACAUACACAUGGUAAAACGUUCUUAUGAUCAGUUGGUGUAGUUUCCAUAUGUCACUUUGAA